AACAUCCUGUACACAAUAUGGCGCGAGUGUAGGGUAUUUAUUAUUAUUUCAUCGUUGGAUAUCUAUAUAAACAUCUCAAUAUAAAUAAUAUAAUAGAAACGAGAAGUGCCACAUUGCUACACGGCGAUAUGUCAUUGUUUAGCAUCAAAAGAAUAAAACGGGCUGCAGCUGAAUUUGUUGGCGGUGGGACUAAACAGCCUGACUGGAGCCAGCUGCCUUUCGAAGUUCUGCUCCACGUCUUCCGUUACCUGAGCAACAGGGACAAGGUCCACGCCGCCCUCACCUGCAAGUCCUGGCUCCGUCCACUCUCAGUGCCGUCCGUGUGGGAGACUGGAGAUUUUAAUAUCGACUCAGAGAGUGAUGAUAAAGCAAUAAGAUUUAUGAAAAAGGUUGGGAGAUCAUUGCGCCACAUUCGUGCAGAUUGUAGAGCCGGCGAGUACGAUGUUUGGGCAAACAGAAGCCGCGCAUCGUGUACAGACAAGCUGUACCAAUUUUUGGCCAACUUAUUGAACUCACGCAACCAUCAAAUUUGGACCUUCAGGCUAACCAAUAUCUGCAGUUUGGAAAACGAUGGCAUAAGAGCAAAGUCAAGGUCAUUUUCAGAGGUCGCUCAACUCUUGGCCAAAGUUUUGUACGACCAGCAGCAGCUUCGUGUCCUUGACCUCAGCAACAGCCAAAAGUCUGUCAAACACCGUGGCUAUGCUGGUUUUACCGUACAUGAAGGUAUGAAGCUGCUGAAUGCUGCUAGUAAAAACUGUGCCAACACGCUACGGAAACUUGCGAUCUCCAGGCUCGUUAGGUUGAUAGACAUUUACCCUAAUGACUUGAGCUUUCUUCCACAAUUUCGAAGCGCCAUCGCAGGUUUCAGCAAGUUGUCAGACCUGGACCUCAGCUACGGUUAUUUGGAAGAUGACCUGCUGCUUAGCUUAGCCAGGACAACAACCAGCCUGAAGGUGAUCACAGUUCGUGUAGACAAGCCCCCAUAUUUCGAGAGUAGCACUACCCCUACAGCGUGGGAGAACCUUACAGCGGCAUGUCCUGAGCUCAUAGUCAUAUUUUUCAUCAAACCCAUAACUGAGUCGUACUUCCAAGACACGACAUUGAUGCUAACACCAUCCAUGCCGCUCUAUCAAGUCAAGUGGAAAGCAGGCAGUGUCAUCGCUAUAGAGAACAUAGAGAAGUUCUUUCAACAUAUGGGACAGAACUUUCAGGAAACUUUACAACAUAUUGAUCUACAAACUGAUGUUGGCCUAGACAAGGAAUGCAUUGAUGCGAUGUUCAAAAGUUUACAGCCGUGCACAUAUCUGGACACCUUGUCGCUAUAUUUGGACUGUGACUUGAGUGAUGACGAGGAGAUGUACACGACAGCCAUCAGAGAUGUCAUGACGCGAUGUCCGCUCUCAUGUGACGUCACACUGAACGGUCAAGCAGUCAAAUAAAACUGGUCAGUCUGACACGGUUGGUGGGGUCAGGAGAGUUCACCAUGUUGGAUCAGUUCACGAAUGUUUUUAGAUCGUUAUUAA